CUUGCGCUCACUCCUCGCGGACCGACUCUUCACUUCCAUGUCGAGAACUAUUCGUUAUGCAGAGACGUUGAGAGAGCAUUGAAGCGUCCGAGAGGUGGUGGACAGGACCACAAAACACCACCCCUGCUCGUUAUGAAUAAUUUCAACUCGCCUGAUGCAACAGAGGACUCGAAAGUGCCCAAGCGUCUCGAGAGUUUAUGUACAACCAUCUUUCAAUCGAUGUUCCCUCCAAUUAAUCCCCAGGCUACGCCGCUGUCCUCUAUUCGCCGUGUUAUGCUUCUGAAUAGGGAGCAAGAAGAGGGGAGUGAUUCGUAUAUCAUGACCCUGAGACAUUACGCCAUCAGUACCAAGAAGACCGGUGUUUCGAAACGGAUUCGCCGCCUCGAUCCCAAGGAGGUUCGGAACAAAGAUCCCAAAGCUGCUGUUCCUAAUCUUGGGAAGCUCGAAGAUGCCGCGGACUACCUACUCGACCCAUCGGCAGCCGGCUACACUUCGGCAAGCGAGACUGAAAUGGACACGGAUGCGGAGGUUGAAGUUGCGGAGAGCACCACCAGGAAGAUUCUUAACAAGAGAGAUCUGCAGCGCAUGAAGGCUGGCGACAAAGAGAAGGCCGAGAAGAAAAUAAACAGCGCACCCGAGGUCGAGAAACGGGCCGUUAAGCUGGUCGAAUUGGGUCCUCGCAUGCGACUUCGGCUGACCAAGGUUGAGGAUGGGCUUUGCGACGGUAAGGUCAUGUGGCACGAUUACAUUACGAAGUCUGCAGCAGAGAUCCAGAAGAUGGAAAGGAACUGGGAACAGAGAAAGAAGCAGAAGGAGCAAAGAAAGAAGCAGCAAAAGGAUAAUGUCGAAAAGAAGAAGCAGGAGAAAGCUAAGGCUAGAGCUGAAGGAAAGGAGGUUAAGAGUGACGAUGAGGAUGAAGAGAUGGAUGAUGAAGAUGACUGGCUCAGUGAUGACCUCGAGGAAGUUGGGGGAGAGGAGCAGGAAGGUGAGGUGGAUAGUGACGAUUCCAUGGAAGAAUGAACGGAUGUAUCUGUCACUGCGACCUAUGCUUGAUAUUCAACAGCCUUCCCGGUCUGCUUCAGACCUCAAUGGCGUGCUGUCGUCAACAGCCCAUACCGGUAAAACUUGACAUUGGUCCGGAAGACCUUCGUUGGCUGCCGCGUACUUGUGAUGACUACCUACAAUUUACG